GCCUCGGCCCAGGAAUCGCCACCGCUGCUGCUUCUGCCGCUGCUUCUGCCGCUGCUGCUGCGGGGAGAGUGAAGGGCGAGAUCGAGGAGGGGCGAGAGAGGCUCCAGAAGGAGCGGAGAAGAGACAGCGGAGAGUUUCCAGGCGACAGGAGGAGGAGCGAGACGAGUUCCGACUCCCCAGAUUCACCCCAGGAGCAGCCAUGCAGCUCCGGCAUCUCAAGACGCUGCUGACGCCCCAGAACGGUGCGGCCAAGGUGACGUGCAUGGCGUGGGCGCCCAACAACGGCAAGCUGGCGGUGUGCACGGUGGACCGCGUGGUGCUGCUGUACGACGAGAGCGGAGAGCGGCGCGACAAGUUCUCUACAAAACCCACCGACGCCAAGUACGGCAAGAAAAGUUACAUGGUGAAAGGAAUGGCGUUCUCUCCGGAUUCCACAAAAAUUGCCGUUGGGCAGACGGACAACAUCAUCUUUGUUUACAAGAUUGGAGAGGAGUGGGGAGAUAAGAAAGUGAUUUGCAACAAAUUCGUUCAAACCAGCGCUGUCACUGCUCUCAUAUGGCCCAUGGAACAUGCCAUUGUGUUUGGCCUCGCUGAAGGAAAGGUGCGCCUAGCCAAUGUCAAGACAAACAAAUCCUCCACCAUCUACGGAGCAGAUUCCUACGUCGUGUCCCUGACCGCAAACUCGUCAGGUAAAGGAAUCCUGUCUGGGCAUGCUGACGGCACCAUCGUGCGUUACUUCUUUGAUGAUGAGGGUUCCGGAGAGUCCCAGGGCAAGAUUGCGACGCACAGCUGCCCCCCGUAUGCGCUGGCGUGGGGCGCAAGUGGCCCGCUGGCGGGGGGCUGCGACCGGCGUGUGGUAGCGUAUGGGCGAGAGGGCCAGACGCUGCAGACGUUCGACUACAGCCGCGACCCCACGGAGCGGGAGCUCACGGUGGCGGCCGCCAGUCCCAGCACCCAGUCCGUGGUCAUUGGCAGCUAUGACCGACUGCGCGUGUACAACUGGAGCCCGCGGCGAUCAGCGUGGGACGAGGCCAAGCCCAAGGAGAUCCAGAACAUGUACACGGUGACGGCACUCGCCUGGAAGAAAGACGGCUCUCGUUUGUGCGCGGGCACGCUGUGUGGGGGAGUGGAGCUCUUUGACUGCUGCCUGCGACGCUCCAUCUACAAGAACAAAUUUGAGAUGACGUACGUCGGUCUGAGCCAGGUGAUCGUCAAGAACCUGUCCACAGGCACACGCGCCGUCCUCAAGUCUCACCUGGGCUACGAGGUGGAGGAAGUGAAGAUUAUGGGCAAGGAUCGUUACCUGGUGGCGCACACGUCUGACACUUUGCUGCUGGGCGACCUCUCCACGAACCGCCUCAGCGAGAUUGCGUGGCAGGGCUCCGGUGGAAAUGAAAAGUUUUUCUUUGAAAAUGAAAAUGUGUGUAUGGUGUUUAAUGCCGGUGAGCUGACCCUUGUGGAGUAUGGAAGCAAUGAAGUCCUGGGCUCUGUACGCACAGAGUUUAUGAACCCACACCUCAUUAGCGUGCGUUUGAACGAGCGGAAGCAGCGAGGGGUGGAGAACAAUAAGAAGCUGGCUUACCUCGUUGACUUGAAAACCAUCGCCAUAGUCGACCUGGUGUCAGGGUGUGCUCUGGGCAGUCUGAAUCACGACACUAAGGUCGACUGGCUGGAGCUCAGCGAGACUGGGCGCAAGCUGCUCUUCCGCGACAAGAAGCUGCGGCUGCACCUGUACGACGUGGACAGUGGGGUCCACACCACUCUGCUCAGUUACUGCUCCUACGUGCAGUGGGUGCCGGCCAGCGACGUGGUGGUGGCGCAGAACCGUGGUAACCUGUGCGUGUGGUACAACAUCGACGCCCCUGAGCGUGUCACCAUGUUUCCCAUCAAGGGAGACAUUGUGGACGUGGAGAAGAACAACGGCAAGACGGAGGUGGUCGUGAGUGAGGGCGUGAGCACCGCGUCCUACGCACUGGACGAGGGGCUCGUCGAGUUCGGCACCGCCAUCGACGACGGCGACCACGAGCGGGCUGUGGCAUUCCUGGAGACACUAGAGAUGGGACCAGAGGCGGAGGCCAUGUGGAGGACGCUUGGCCGCCUGGCUCUGGAAGCUCGACAGCUUCACAUUGCUGAGAGGUGCUUUGCCGCGCUGGGAGACAUGGCCAAGGUGCAGUUCCUCCGCGAAACCAAUCAGAUCGCUGACUUGGAUGCCCAGGAGUUUGGCGGUGACGGGACCGACAGCUACCGUGUGCGAGCCCGGCUCGCCAUGCUAGACAAGCAGUACAAGCUGGCCGAGAGCAUCUUCCUGGAGCAGAAUGCAAUCGAGGAGGCUAUGCAGAUGUACCAGAACCUUCACAUGUGGGAUGAGUGCAUCGCUGUCGCUGAGGCUAAGGGUCACCCAGAGCUGGAGAGCCUGCGGCGGAGCUACGUGAAGUGGCUCACUGUGAGCGGGCAGGACGGGCGCGCGGCCGAGGUGCGGGAGAGCGAGGGCGACGCCGUGGGCGCCGUGGGGCUCUACCUGCAGGCCGGCCUCCCGGCCGCGGCGGCGCGCGUCGCUUCCUCGCGCCCCGAGCUGCUGGGCAACGAGGAGCUGGUGGCACGCAUCGCCAGCGCGCUCGUCCGCGCGGAGCUGCACGAGAGGGCCGGUGACUUAUUUGAGAAGACCAAGAACUACAAGCGCGCUCUGGAUUGUUAUAAAAAGGGCUGCUCUUUUCGCAAGGCGGUGGAGUUGGCGCGCUCCGCAUACCCGGCCGAAGUGGUGAAGCUGGAGGAGGCGUGGGGCGACCACCUGGUGGCGCAGAAGCAGCUGGACGCGGCCAUUAACCACUACAUUGAGGCGGGGUGCUCGGCUAAGGCGCUGGAGGCGGCCAUGGGCUCGCGGCAGUGGAAGAAGGCGGCGAGCAUCCUGGAGAUGCAGGACGAACGCACGGCCGCCAAGUACUACGUCCGCAUCGCCCAGCACUACGCCUCCGUGCAGGACUAUGAGUUGGCCGAGCAGUUCUACGUGAAGGCGGACAGGGUGAAGGACGCCAUCGACAUGUACACGCAGGCCGGACAGUGGGAGAAUGCGCACAGGCUGGCGAAGCGGUGCAUGAGGCAGGAGGAGGUGGGCACACUCUACAUCAACCAGGCGCACGAGCUGGAGAAGGAGGGCAAGUACAAGGAGGCCGAGAGGUUGUAUGUGACGGUGGGCGAGCCCGACCUCGCCAUCACCAUGUACAAGAAGCUGAAGCGCUUCGAUGACAUGGUGCGACUGGUGGCCAAGUAUCACGAGGACCUGCUGGCCGACACGCACCUCCACUUGGCCAAGGAGCUGGAGGCCAAUGCACAGCUGCGGGAGGCUGAGUACCACUACCUGGAGGGCAAGGAGUGGAAGGCGGCCGUCAACAUGUACCGCAGUGCCGACAUGUGGGAGGAGGCCUACAGGGUGGCCAAGUCACACGGAGGCCCGACGGCUCACAAGCAGGUGGCGUACCUCUGGGCCAAGAGUCUGGGCGGCGAGUCUGCCAUCAAGCUCCUCACCAAGUUCGGGCUGCUGGAGACGGCCAUCGACUACGCCGCCGACAACUGUGCCUUCGAGUUUGCCUUUGACCUUGCGCGGGGAGCCAUGAAAAGCAAGAUGGCCGAUAUUCAUCUCAAGCACGCCAUCUUUCUGGAGGACGAGGGCAAGUACAAGGAGGCGGAGGUGGAAUUCAUCAAGGCUGGCAAGCCCAAGGAGGCCAUUCUCAUGUACGUCCACAGCCAGGACUGGGACUCGGCUCAAGCCGUGGCCGAGGCGCACGACCCCACGAGCGUGUCCGACGUCUUGGUGGCGCAAGCACGUGCCGCCUUUGAGCAGCGCGACUUCCAGCGAGCCGAGGCCUUCCUGCUGCGCGCCCAGAGACCCGAGCUCGCCCUCAAGCACUACAAGGAGGCACAGAUGUGGAGCGACGCUAUCCGCAUCUGCAAGGAAUACCUUCCGGGCAAGCUGAGCCAGCUGCAGGACGAGUACGAGAGCCAGGCGGCUGGCAAGGGCGCACGGGGCGGGGAGGGCCAGGUGGAGCAAGCUCGCGAGUGGGAGCAGUCGGGCGAGUACGCGCGCGCCGUCGACAGCUACCUAAGGGUGGAGGCGACGGGCAACAGCCUCGUCAUGGAGAAGUGCUGGGUGAAGGCGGCAGAGUUGGCCAUCAAAUUCCUGAGUCCUGAGCGAGCCACGGAGGUCGUGCGCACCGUGGGACCGCGCCUCAUCGGCAUCAAGAAACACAACACGGCAGCGGAACUCUUCCUGAACAUGGACAUGAUCAAAGAGGCCAUCGACACGUUUAUCGACGGCGAGGAAUGGAACAAGGCGAAGCGUGUGGCCAAGGAGAUGGAACCCAGGUUUGAGGGGUACGUCGAUGAGAAAUACAAAGAGUACUUGAAAAAUCAAGGGAAGGUUGACUCGCUCGUGGGGGUUGACGUUGUUGCCGCUCUGGACAUGUACAUGGAGCGGGGGCAGUGGGAGAAGUGCAUCGAGACAGCUGCCAAGCAGAACUACAAGGUGCUGCACAAAUACGUGGCUCUGUAUGCAACGCAUCUCAUCAAGGAGGGGCAGGCACAGAAAGCCUUGGCUCUGUACACCCAGCACGGGACACCCGCCAACUCACAGAACUUCAACAUUUACAAGCGCAUCAUAUCGGACCUGCUGAGCCUUCCUGGCAUGGCCACUGGCGACGCGUACCGUACGUGGGCUGCAAUGCGGGACAUGCUACAUGCGCUGUGUGAGAAUCUGUCCAGGUCAGCUGAGGCGAAUUCCCCGGCGCACGAGGACUUUGAGAGGCUGCUGCUCAUCGCGCACUACUACGCCACGCGCUCCGCCUCGCUCACCGUACCGCAACUGAACGCCAUCGCGGCAAAGCUGUCCAUCUCUCUACUGCGACACACGGACGCAAUCCCCGCUGACAAGGCCUUCUACGAAGCUGGCAUGGCUGCAAAGGAAAAUGACUGGGAGAAUAUGGCCUUCAUCUUCCUGAACCACUUCCUGGAUCUUUCGGACGCGAUAGAGGAGGGCAGCUCGGACAUGCUGGACAACACGGAUUUCACAGAUACUGACAUUCCCCUGGAGGUGCCUCUACCAGCAACACAACACGUGGCUGAAGAGAAGCGCGAGGAGGUGCGCGACUGGGUGCUCACCGUGUCCAUGGACCAGCGUGUGGAGCAGGUGUUGCCCUUUGACGAACGCCACACCUACGAGGCCUCGCUGGUGGCCUCCGGAACUGGCGUGCGGGCGCUGCCCUGCCUCAUCACCGGAUACCCGGUGCUAAGGAACAAGGUGGAUUUCAAGCAGCCAGGGAAAACUGCCAACAAGGAUGACUGGAACCGCUUUCUGAUGGCGGUCAAGACGAGCCACAGCCCCGAGUGCCAGGACGUGAUCAAGUUCCUGGGCCAGUGGUGCGGAGGAGCCCCAAGUGCGUCCUUCUCCUUCCAGUGAUGCCACCUCUCCCUGUCAACCUCGACGCUGCAGCCACAGCCGCUUUACGUAGUCCAUCCCGCCCGCCGGUACACCCAUGUGCUGGUGCCAGUGGGCGAGCAUGGGUGCCGCGGCAAGCGACCUGUACAAUGAAUUCCUGACCUCUGGGUCGGAAUCAGAAUCCUCAUUUGGACUGGAGGAAUCCGAUGAGCUAUGAAUCUCUGUUUCACAAGAUGUUCAUUAAGGGGCGGGUCAGCAAGUUACAAACAACAAACAGUACAUAAAGAAAACGAUAGGGCAAAAUAGAGAAAAGGUAAGCGAGUCACGAAUAAUAAAUACAAAUAAAUAAAGUAUAUAAGUACAAAGUGUAGAAAUGGCAACACAGACACUGUGAGUUGCCUGGCAGCACGUGCCUGAAGCAAUGAUAAAGGGAAGCAGAAUGUGAUCGUCACCCAGAUACAAACGAGUGUGGGUUGACACUCCGUUUCAGAUGACAUGUGAGCAACCCGUGGCCGUCUUACACCGUGCAUUCGGCUCGGCGGCCCGUCUGUGUGUUCGGCUAACUUGCCACUGAGCCUGGGUUGCACAGUGAACAGGCUCAAGCCCUGUUGUUGUUUCCUCACCAAAAUAUUCCAUUCACAGCUAAACCACUGAAUAUGAGAAUGUGUGUUUGCCUGCUGCAGGAACAUGUGCGGUGAUGUGAAAUGUAGAUUAAAGUGGGCAUGUGAUGCCAUCACACCCAUUUUGGACUCGAUCUGCCCCGUCGCGUUAAUCGCAGCACGGGGGCCGGCGAUGCUCUGAGAUUCCAGUCACGGAAUUACAGCUCGAGACUUGGGACCUGCUCACCAGGCUUCAAGUCUCGAUCUGUAAAGUAUGUAACCCUAUGAAAUACACGUACUUUGUUUUAUAUUUAGAACCGUUUGAGAUUAAACUAUUUGAAACAUU